CCAGAGAUCAAGUCCCUCAUGAAGCCUGACCCCAGGCUGGUCUGGAUCGUGAUCAUGAUGCUCCUCUCCCAGUUGGCUGCACUUUACUUAGUGAAAGACUUGCACUGGAAAUGGGUCAUAUUUUGGGCCUAUGUCUUUGGCAAUUGCCUUAACCACUCAAUGACUUUGGCUAUUCAUGAGGUUUCCCACAACUUCGCCUUUGGCCACAACAAAUCACUUUGGAAUCGCUGGUUUGGAAUACUUGCUAAUCUCCCUAUUGGGAUUCCAUAUUCUGUUUCCUUUAAGAGGUACCACAUGGACCAUCACCGAUACCUGGGGGCCGAUGGCAUCGAUGUGGACAUUCCUACUGACUUUGAGGGCUGGUUCUUCUGCACCACGUUCAGGAAAUUCAUAUGGGUCGUCCUCCAGCCUUUCUUUUAUGCUUUUCGACCUUUGUUCAUCAACCGCAAGCCGAUUUCCAGCCUGGAAAUCAUCAAUACUUCAGUCCAGAUCACUUUCAACAUUACCAUUUACUAUGUUUUUGGAGUUAAGUCUUUAGUGUACAUGUUGGCAGCAUCCCUGCUUGGGCUGGGUUUGCACCCAAUUUCAGGACAUUUUAUAGCAGAACAUUACAUGUUCUUAAAGGGACAUGAAACAUAUUCGUAUUACGGACCUCUGAAUUUCCUCACCUUCAAUGUGGGUUACCAUAAUGAACAUCAUGACUUCCCCAACAUUCCUGGAAAAAACCUUCCACUGGUGAGGAAAAUAGCAGCUGAAUACUACGAUACUCUUCCCUGCUACAAUUCCUGGGUGAAAGUACUGUAUGACUUUGUGAUGGAUGACACCAUAAGUCCCUACUCAAGGAUCAAGAGGCCUCCAAAGGGACAGGAAGUUCUGGAAUAAAUAUCAUCAGAGCCAAAAGAACUCCUCUCAUGGGCUUUAUAAGAGCUGAG